AUGAGCAUCGGAACUCGGAUGACGAACAGCUCUGAGUCGAAAUGGCGGACCGAAGUGGAAGCAAGCUUCGUGAAAGCCUGGCCCGUGUUCAUCACUGCCUGCCUCUUCAAUAUCGUUUUUACUCUGAGGCACAUGUUGAUGGAUCCGGUGCUGCGCUCGUUCAUCAAGUGCGACGAAGCUGGCGGCGAGAUUUUCUCAGGCAGCUCCUUCUGUGGUGACAAGAAGUACGUCGUGCAGUCUGCUGUGAGACAGUCAGCCAUGCUGUCCGCCACUGAAGGUAUCAUGAGCAUGUUCGUGGUUCCAGUGAUUGGGGCAGUCAGUGACCGACAUGGUCGCCUGCCUGCUUUGCGCACUAGCAUCCUGGCCACGUUUCUGUUUCUCCUCCUCAAUUUGGUUAGCCAGGAUGUCAUUGCGUUGAGGUUUCUUGCGUUCGCCUGUUCCAGCGCCUCUGCCGCCUUCUUCCCAACAUUCCAUGCAAUCCUCGGAGACUGUGGUGGAAAUCGGAGUGUUUCGUUUACAGUAAAGAUCAUCUUUGCGAAUGCCGGGCAGCUGAUUGGAUGGAUUGUUGGUGUGGCCAUCUUGCGACAAGAGUUCGUGGACUACACCUUCAUGUGGGUGGCUCUACUCACUAUCUUUUCCUUUGGGUCAGUGGUCGCCUGUCGCAUUGAGGAGUCUCGACCUGUAGGCCUGAAUCCUGCAUCUUCCUCUCCAAACGUCUUCGCAGCGCUCUACUUCGCGAUACAGAACCCGUUCUUGCUGCGGUGGUGCAUUGCGAAGUUCCUGGCGCUGUUCGGGCUCAGUGUGAUGUCGCUUCUGAAAAGCUUUGUGCUGUCAGCCUAUGACUGGCGCCAGGGGACCUUGGAAGGAGCCAUGGGAGUCUUCUUCAUGAUAAGUGCGACCUCCACCCUAGCAGGCCCUUGGUUCGUCGACAGGUACUCUGUGGAGACGGUCGUGGAACGAUGCACCCUGAUGGGGGCCAUUUCGCUUUCCAUGCUGCUCUUCGCACCCUUGGGAUCCCUCUUCUGCGCCUUUGCCGCCUUUUUGCAGGCCGCUGGGGCCUGCACCAUCGCUGCUUCCUCGGCUUUACUGGCGGAAAGAUUCACAGAGGAUCAGGGAAAGGCCCAGUCGGUGGUGGUUGCCAUAGCUGGAGGGGCUUCCAAUCUGGGAAGUCUACUUUACUCCUCCCUCUACGAUGCCAAGGCAGAGGGCGUGAGCCAAGCCCAGCCCUUUGCCGUUGCCAUGGUCAUGGGCUGGGCGGCUUAUUGCACACUUCUCUCGGCACUGGAAAGCCCGAGCCCGUCGCCCAUGCCUGGAAGGCAGGUUGCAAUACAGGUUGAAGAGACCCGACUGUUCCAGCCCGACGACCCAAAGAGUGUCGUGAUGGGAAGGCGCCACAGUUUCGAUCUGGAGGAAGGCGGCUUACUCUAA